CACCGCCGCCCUUCCUGUUGAGCCGCCCGAGUCCUGCGCCCGCACGGCCUGCAGGACGCGGCUCCCGCCGCCCGACUUCCACGCCUGGCUGGCAGCCCGCGGGGUUCGGCUCCCUCCGCCCGCAGCUCCCACUGCCCGAACCCCCCGCCUGGCGCCUGCUGGGUGCGUCUCCUGCCUGCCGACCGCGGCCCCGGCUUGGCUCCCGCAGAUCGGGAUGGGAUGGCCGGCUCCCCGCCUGACGAUGGUGAACGGCGGCGGUAGGAAGGAUGGGGUAGAAAGGCUGGGGUAAAACUGAGGAGAUAAGGUUCCCAGGAGGAAUGUGCUGUCGACAAUGAUAUCCACCUCAGCAGUCCUACUCUUAGGACCAAAGCAGAUCACGCUAGCUGAGACAACUGGCGGCGCAUUCAGGGAGUACAUCGACACAUUUGAUGGCUACACCUUCCUGUACCCCAAGAGCUGGAUCCAGGUGCGAGGCGCUGGCGCGGACAUAUUCUUCAGGGACCCCUUUGUCCUCGACGAGAACAUGUCGGUCGAGAUAUCGUCCCCUUCGUCGUCAAAAUACACCAGCGUCGAGGAUCUAGGCCCUCCGGAGAAGGCUGCGGAGAAGGUUCUGAAGCAGUACCUGACGGAGUUCAUGUCGACCAGGCUGGGUGUUCGCCGCGAAUCAAACAUCCUGUCUGCGUCAUCCAAGGUCGCCGAUGAUGGCAGGCUGUACUACGAAGUUGAGGUGAAUAUAAAAUCCUAUGCGAGCAACAACGAGCUGGCAGUGAUGCCGCAGGACAGGGUGCAGAGCCUGGAGUGGGACCGGCGCUACCUAUCGGUCCUCGGCGUUGAGAACAAGCGGCUCUAUGAGCUCCGGUUGCAGACGCCGGAGCAGGUGUUCAUGGAGGAAGAGGACGACCUCAGAAGAGUCAUGGACUCCUUCAGGGUCAUCGAGACGGUGUAGUACGGUGCAGACAGAACCAAGCACUUGCAGAACAUUGCAAUGCUUUGCCUGAGGGUAGAGCACGGAAUUUUUGUAUAGCUUGUCUCAUAUUUGUUGUUGAUAAACUUGUCUUGGAUGAGAUAUUAAGGUUAUAUGUUAUGAUGAUGUAAAUCAGUUUCAAGUGGAAAACAACAAAUUGAACUAGAGAAGCAACAA